AUGGGUGGCGAUCUGAACUUGAAGAAGUCAUGGCACCCCGUGCUCAUGUCCAACCAGAAGCGCGUCUGGGAAGAAGAGAAGAAAGCUCUGGAUGAGCGCAAGAAAAUCGACCAAGUGCUCAAGGAGCGCGCCGAAGAACGUCAAAUCCAGGAACUGCAACAGAUGCAAGAGGCCGCUGGCGGCAGGAAGCGUGUCGACAGAGUGGAUUGGAUGUAUGGCGGCCCCGCCGACGGCCAGAAAGGAACGACGGAAGAGAUGGAAGCAUACCUGCUUGGAAAGAGAAGAUUGGAUGGACUGGUCAAGAGAGAUGCGACAGAGGCUAUGCAAAAGGCUGCUGCUGUGGGUCCCUCGGCACUGCAGAUUGCAAACAACCAGAAGGAUAUUGCUGCAAAGGUGCGCAAUGACCCUAUGCUGGCUAUCAAGCAGCAAGAGCAGGCCGCUUUGGAAGCCAUGAUGACAGAACGUUUAGCCAAAUUAGCCGUCAUGCAAUCAAACGCCACAGAAUUGGAAGCGGACCGCAGGAAACGUCUAGCUGAGCUGGAAGAACGUGAUCGCAUACAGAAAGAAGAAGACGACAGGAAGCGAAGCGAAAAGGGCAAGUUUGUUGGUCAGUUGAGGAGCCAGGCUGAUAUGGGUCAAGGUGGUGGUUUGGGAGCCAGAUUGGCUGGUAGGACCGGAUUACAGAGACUUGCUGGAGAUGAGUAG